GCGCUAUUAAUUUCCAAAAAUUAUCAUCUCGCCUGGGUUUUCCAUUUCUAAAUUUCAAAGGGCUCUCGCUUGAAUUCACCCCGAUAAAAUCUUUUUUAUUUUUUUUUUUUAACCCUCGGACUUGAAACUUCCCUCCAUCAUUUAAAAAGGGCAUGAUCUCCCCCCAAGAUCUGUUCAAUGUGUCCCCCAUAUUAUCAUUAUUAUUAUCAUUAUAUAUUAUUUGGGUCUAAGUAAUGUACGCUGCUCGCUUAGCUAGACCUAUCGCCAUACGGCCACUUUCAUUCAGAUCCUUCUCUUCCGCAACUGUAUCUCCCUUUAUCUUUGCAACCAGAACGAGAAACUUCCACAACACUUCAAAGCAAAAGAAUACAACCAUCGAGAAUGUUGCCUCCACCACCACCACCUCUCAUAUGACCACUUCUUCAAUGAAGUCAUCAAAUUCAAUUUCUCCCUCGGAAUACCUUACCCCACUCAAGACCUCGGAACUCGUUUCAUAUCUCUGCAUUGGUAUGUGCACGCUCAACAAACCGAUUCUUGAUCUUUGUAUUAAGGUGUUCCCCUAUGUGCCCAUGUUUUUAAUUAAGGCACUUGUUUAUAAACUUUAUUGUGGAGGUGAAACCAUCGAGGAAGUCAAACAAACCGGUCUUAACCUUUCCAAACGUGGAAUCAAUAACAUGAUGAUUUCUCUCACCAUUGAAGGUUGUGAUGGGAAUGAUAACAUUGACCCGGAAUUCAUUGUGACCGAAACUCAAAAUUCGGUCAAUGAUAUUUUAAUUCCGCACACAAUUUCCAUGAUUGAGAAUUCCGGUAAGGAUAUUAAUUCUAUUCCUCCUGGAUAUGUGGCUUUAAAACCCACUGGAUUCACCAAGAAUGCUGCCAAUGUAUUGAAGAACCAUGCAACUGACCCUAAAUUCGAAGAACUUGUUGCCAAUGCCGCCAAGAUUUGUCAAUCCAUUUAUGAAGCAAAUGUCGAAAUGGCUGCAAAAUACCCCGCCAGAACGGCUCCCUUUGUAGUUGGGGUCAUUGAUGCCGAGAAGUAUGACCUUCAAGAAGGUGUUUAUGAGCUCCAACGUAGAUUAUACGCCUUAUUCAACCCAGUAAACAAACCGGUUUCCAUUGUGGGGACUUUACAAAUGUACCUUUCUGGAAGUUCCGAUCUUUUGGCAAAGGAGGAAAAAUUGGCCAUGGCUAACAAUUACAGACUUGGAUUGAAGCUUGUUAGAGGUGCCUACAUCCAUUCGGAAAAGCAACGUUCCACCGUGAUCCACAAGACAAAGGAGGAUACCGACAACAACUACAACCAGGGGAUUUCCUACUGUAUUGAGUCCAUUGUAGCCGAUGCCAACAAGACCAAUGGAUCCACCAUUGGACAUCUUGUGGUUGCCUCCCACAACGCAGACUCCUUACGUUUGGCCACCGACAAGUUGCCCCUCGAAAGCGUCAACAGAAGCAACGUGGUUCUUGGUCAAUUGCUCGGUAUGGCCGAUAACAUCACCUACGACUUGAUCAAGAACAAUGGCGUAGACAACAUCAUCAAGUACGUUGCCUGGGGGCCUCCAUUGGAAACCAAGGAGUACUUGUUGAGAAGAUUGGAGGAAAACGGUGAUGCUGUCAGAGCCGACAACGGGUUCCAAUUGGUCAGAGAAGUUUCUACAAUCUUGUUCAAGCGUCUCUUUAGAAUGGCCUAGAGGAAGCGUUUAUUUACGAAUAUAAUGACCUUAAAAGAUUAUCCACUUGUAGCACACAGUAGACAGGCACCACGCCAGCGCGAGACUCCUCGCAGAGGAGCCAGCACCACGCAGUGGCUCUCCCCGAGCAGGGGCCCAGCGGAGCGGCUAGCAGACCUGCAAGGA